GAGAGAGAGAGAGGAGGGGGGUAGAGUUUUGAGAAUUUUACUUUUCUAUUCACUGCAGUCCUGGCCAAAGUAAAGCCCUCUUUUACAUUGACGUCAAGAUCUUUACUAAGAUUAGGGUUUCAUUUCUCUAUUGCAGCAAUUAGCCAGGGAAUGUAUAAAAGGCUUGAGGGAACCAAGCUAGGACUCCAGAGGGAAAGCACUUCGUACCACAGGCAGAUAGCGAGAGAGAGAGAGAGAGAGAGAGAGAGAGAAAGAGAGAGUGAAAGAAGAGUGGCAGAAGAGAGGCAGAGAAGGGAAUGAACGGGAAAAUAGCAGAAAGUUUGUGUACCUAGGCUUUCUGCCCCUCCACCUGCCCCUUCACACACACUAAAAGAUUGUUUCACCUGAUAGCUUGGGUGAUAAAAGAAUGAGGGAGCUGCCGAGUGCUUAAAUAGCUCAGAGUUAGAGGAAAGUUAGCAAUUCUGCUUCAUUUUUAGAACUGCAGGCAAUUGGCAGCAGAGCCGCUCCUCUCAAACAGGCUGAAAAAAGCUACUGACUAAGGAGGAACAACAACAGUAGUUUGACUUAGAGUUUCUGAAAAAUUAAAAGCAGUUCAGGGUGGAAAGACUUUCACGCUGGCAUUUCACAGUAAUGUUUUUUUAAGCAGCUUUGCCUGUACUGAGAACUUUCUGGGAGAGGAGACAGGGGCACAAUGAGUCUUUUAAGAAGCACCUUGUGAUUUUUCUUUUCUCAUCAUUAUUGUUGCCAUUAUUUAUUAUUAUUAUUUUUAUGAGGGAGCAGGGCAUGGCAAGGGAACUCCAGGGAAGCCACUGAAGAGCAGCCGCAGCAAGCAAGAUGGGUCUGUUAAGCGUGGACCUACUGAUCACGCUACAGAUCUUGCCUAUUUUUUUCUCCAACUGCCUCUUCCUUGCACUCUAUGACUCGGUGGUCCUCUUGAAGCACAUGGUGCUUCUCCUGAGCCGCUCCAAGGCUGCACGUGGCGAGUGGCGGAGGAUGCUCACCUCAGAGGGGCUGCGCUGCGUCUGGAACAGCUUCCUCCUAGAUGCCUACAAACAGGUGAAACUGGGUGGAGAAGCUCCUAACUCCAAUGUAAUCCACAUACCAAGUGGGACUGGUGACAAUAGCAACAGUAGCAGCAGAUGGAAAAACUCCAGUGGAAGAUAUGGCAUGGAGUGCCACCUUCUAGACUUUGCCAAAUCGGAGCGUCCACUGGUGGUCAACUUUGGCUCAGCCACCUGACCCCCUUUCACAAACCAGCUGUCAGCCUUUGGCAAGCUGGUGGAAGAGUUCUCCAGUGUGGCCGACUUUCUGUUAGUCUACAUUGAUGAGGCUCACCCAUCAGAUGGCUGGGCUGCUCCUGGUGUCUCCUCCUCUUUUGAGGUAAAGAAACAUAGGAACCAAGAAGACAGAUGUGCAGCUGCUCAUCAGCUUCUGAAGCGGUUUUCCUUGCCACCCCAAUGCCAGAUAGUGGCAGACUGCAUGGACAAUAAUGCCAACGUAGCCUAUGGGGUAUCCUUUGAGCGUGUAUGCAUUGUUCAGAGACAAAAAAUUGCCUAUCUUGGGGGCAAAGGACCUUUUUUCUAUAACCUCCAAGAAGUUCGACUUUGGUUGGAGCAAAAUUUUAGAAAGAGAUGAAACCCAAACUUACCACAGGAAGAUAUGUUGAACAUUUCCCCUUUGAAGUGAUGCUAAAGGGAAGUAAACUGCAUCCUGAUUUGAAUAGGCUUUGUUAAAGCCAUGUUACAAAAAAGCAAGCCUAAAAGUGAGGUCAAAUGAACACAACAGAUGUGAAGCAAACAAAGAGAUAAGCAAUAUGUUUCCUCCCUUCCUACCUGGAUUUUCCCCUUGCUCUUCAAGAAUGGAGUUUGGGAAAGCUGUGCCUUCAAGACACGAAGGCUGGUGUGAUAAGAUAUAUGUGUCACAUUGAGGUGUGUGGCACAUAAGGAGCUGAAAGCAUUUGUUCCAGAAAGGCAGUUCAUUGUGAAAGCUAUACGAUCACCUGAAAUCAAGGGGUAUCCCUUUGUCCUGCUACAUUUUUCCCACUGAAUUUUCAUUCAGCAAAAUAUUAGGAAUCUGAAGCUUGCCAGUGUUAUGAAAUAGAACUCAUUAUUUUGUGGUAGAGUAUUAUAGAGUCUUAGACAAAAGUUCUAAUGUCUGCUAUGAACUGCCUAGUGAUGCCCUUUUAUUUGCUGACACCAGGAACUAGAGAUAUUACAGGGUUAGUAUAGCUGCAAUCCUGAAGUUUUUAAAUUUAAAGCUGAUGAUUCUAGUUGGUUGGAUGUACUGUGUUUUGCAAUGGAGAGUUCUGUGAUCCCUGCCUUAUUAUUCAUUGGAUGAAACCAAUAUAGUGUUUUAUCCUGUAACUGAGUCUUAAACAUUUCACAGUAACACCCAACAUGGACAUCAUUGAUUUUGGGUCCUAAUUUGCAACUGAGAGUUGGAUAACUAUUAUAGCAGAAAGAUCUGUUGGGCCUUAACCAAUUUAGAAAGUGGUAGCUCCAAUGCUGAGUGAAAAAAAUCUCAUUCAUGGGGAAAAGAUUUUUUUGCAUUUUCAGAACCAAGAUACAUGGAAAUUCUGUUUGUGAAAUAUCAAGGGAUAGUUGUAUGAUAGUUCAGCCUGGUUAUAUCCAGGAUAGCUAAUUUUGCUUCCCUUUCUUAGAUACAAACAGUUAACAGCUACAGAACAGUUCCAGUUAUCUUCUGAAAUGCACAUAGGUGUACUUAAUUUGCUUUUCUCAGAUUAACCAGCAAGGGCAAAUCUUUCUAAUGAUUUUGUACUGCAAACAAGAUCAUCAGAUGAACAGGUAAUCCCUUGGCAUCCAAUUUCCCCAUCUGAAUGAGUGUUUGGGGCACAUCGAUAUGACACACAUGGAUCUACUUUCCCAUUUCUAGUGGGGAGAACAAGAAGUCAUUUGGCUUUGGAUCUUGUGCAAGGAGAAGAGUGGGAUAUUAAUUAAUUAAAUAAAUGAAAACAAGUUAUUCCUCCAUUGUAGGAAAUCAACCGAGGAAAGUUUUUCAGCAUUAUCUGGGUCGAUCACACUUUGUUCAGUUUUUGGAUAAGUGGAAGCAAUAAGAAUAUUUUGGAUGUCAUUUCAGGAAGAGAAUGAAGUGGAACAUUGACUCUGGUACCAUCAAAAGGAACCAUGUAAAGCAUUAUUUUCAUAUGAUAUUCUUCCUACAUGAGAUAAUCUCUGAGCAGGGAGAAAUAUCUAUAAAUUGGAGUGGAUUGUAAGAGUGUAGGAAAGACAUUGUGUGUCUUUGGAAGGAGAGUAGAGGAAAAAAAGCAAGGUGGAGGUAGAAGUCAUGUAUUGCAAGCAAUCUGUUGUGGAAGACAUCAUUUUUGACAUUGGGAUCUGUCAUGGUCUCAUGAACCUAUACUUACUCCUUAGUAUUUAUGUGUACUCAAAAUUACACAAGGUCAUGUGUAACAUUAAAAAUGAACUUGGCUAGUGCUAGCCCUGGAUGUAUGGAACUGAA